CUUUCCGGGAUUCCGCGUCUGGACCAAAACAGCUGGGCGUUCGCCGAGGGAACGACAUGGGGAAUUUGUAAUAAAGUGUUCAUAGAUUUGCUCGGAAAGGGAAGAGGAGACGAGCGAAAGGGACGCAGCCCUUCGCAGUAAUUGGCGCUUUCGGUACAGUAACAGUGCGAACGAACGGACGGACGGACUUACGGACGGACGGACGGACGGACGACGUGAGGGAUCAGUUCCGCUUUCGAUCUUGUCGGACAGUAGUAGUUAGUCACCGCUGCCAGGCCUUAUUACCUCCCUCUUCAUCCCUCACAUCCAUCCGCUCCUCUUGUCACUUGGUUGCCUUUUUUGUCGCACCGACUCUGCUCUCUCUCUCUCUCUCUGCGUCACACGCGUCGUCGAGCCGAACAGGUUACUGUGGAAACAGCUGUACGAGCCUCGUCGUACACAAGUUACUGUGUUAUUACAUAGUCAGUAAUAUUUUUUAUUAUUGCGAUGUCGGCCUACACCAGUUUUCCGGAGCCGACCGACGACAACAACCCGUUCAAGGACCCAGCGGUGACCCAGCACAGAAGCAACACUGAGUAUGCAACACUGGACCUGUACAACCCAUUUGAUGAUAAGCCUGGGCCCCCACCCCCAUACUCUGCCACCACCACUUCUGCUCCUCCCGUUCUGACUCAGGCUCCGCCUACUCGAACCACACCCACCGAGCCCCGCAACUAUGGCUCCUACAACACGCAGUCCUCGGUGAACGCCGCUACAGCAGACCUGCUGAAGAAGCAGGAGGAGCUGGAAAGGAAAGCGCAGGAGCUGGAGAAGAGAGAGAGGGAGCUGAAUUCCCAUGCCCUUGGCCCUGGAGCAUCACGGCAGAAGAACUGGCCCCCACUGCCGUCUUUCUGCCCCGUGGGGCCCUGCUUCUACCAGGACAUUGCAGUGGAGAUCAGUCAGCAGUUCCAACACACAGUCACCAUCAUGUAUUACUUCUGGAUCGCCUCGGCUGCUGCCCUGUUCUACAACUUGAUUUGUUGCCUGGCUCACUUCUGCGUGGACACGACGACCGGAGUGGGGCUGGGCUUGGCCAUCCUCUGGGUGAUCCUCUUCACACCCUGCUCCUUCGUCUGUUGGUUCAGGCCCGUGUACAAGGCUUUCAGGAGUGACAGUUCUUUCAACUUCUUUGCGUUCUUCUUCAUCUUCUUCGCACAAGUGGUGCUGUAUGUCCUGAUGACCGUUGGUAUUCCGGGCUGGGGUUUCAGUGGAUGGAUAUGUGGCCUGACUGCCCUGAAAAGUAAUAAGGCAGUGGGGGUGAUGAUGCUGCUGUGCGCCAUCCUUUUCACCGCCCAAGCUGUCAUGGGCGUCAUCAUGUUGAAGAAGGUUCACUCCCUGUACAGGCAGACGGGUGCCAGUUUCCAGAAGGCUCAGGCAGAGUUCGCCACGGGGGUGAUGUCCAACUCGGCAGUGCGUCAAGCCGCAGCCAAUGCCACUGCUUCUGCUGCCCAGGGGGCUUUCGCAGGGAGGCAAUAGGAGGUCCUGACAGGGCCAGACAGGGGCAGCAGGAGAGAGGACUGCUGGUAGAGGUGACGAUUCUAAAAGAGUUGCAUCCAAAGUCGGUUCUAAGGACUGGAUGGUCCAGUUAGAAGGGAUGGGUUUAAUUAUAUAGGUUGGUAAUAUUUGAAUUUUGGAAUAAAUGUCCUGGAGAAAGCUGUCAAAGCUUUUAUUUAUACUUUUGCAUGACUGUUGGUUUUGUAUGUUGAAAAGUUAAAAGUAGGCACAGAUUGAGGCAGCACAACGUACCCGGAUGACGACCAACAGUAUCACUGUGGAAAAGAGUGGUUUAUUUAACCUGGAGGUAGCGGUUUUGUUGCUGGGAAUGUAGGAAAUUUUUAUAAGGAAGACCUUAAUUGCACAUUUUAGGCAGAUUUCAGAAAUUGCUGAGAUUAUCCAUGAGGAGUUGACGGAAUGUAACGAUUAACUUAAGUCUGAGUGGUUCAUUUAUCUGUGGCCUAUGCUGUCAUGUUGCUAGUGAACUAACACAUUUUGUAACUGUAAAUGAAAUGCUUAUUUACAAGACUUUCUGGUGCCAAAAUUAUUACUAGACCAAUAUUAAGCACUUGUGUUUUUGAUAUUUUCAUUUGAAGCAUGGUCAGUGUCAUUUUUAUCUUAAUAAAUUCAUAUGCC